GCCGUCCCAGUUGGACGGUUCUCUCCGAACGAAGCCUGGCCCUGUAAAGUCUCGCGUCUACUAACACCCGCCUCUGUUUCUGCCCAACUGGGAAACAUGCGAAUAUUGUGACAAGUUCAAAACUUUAAUCAACUUCUAUGUGAGUGCUUCAAGAUUGGGGUCCAGAGCUUCAAAGCCAGAGGUUGACAUCUAAAAGGAUCAGCAAAAACUAUCAAGAUGCCGAUUAUUAAAUCAUGUUGCUGUUGGCGUAGCUUGCGGCGCGGGUGCUAUGCAUCGGCCUUAUAUACUAUGAUAUAUUUUAUCGUGACCAUUGUCACCAUGGGUCACUUCAUCGAGGUGGAGCAUCGCUACCUGUCGGGGCAGAUGACCAAACCCGAGUCGGAGAGCUUCUUGGAGCCAGACAAGAUUACACCCAUUACCGUAUCUUUGAAUAUCACUCUACUGGCCUGCAGCACUUUGGGACUCAUUUCCUGCGCUCUUUUAAUUCUGGGCGUUUACAAGAACAUCAAGUUUCUGCUGCUGCCGUGGAUCGUGUCGAUGGCACUGGAGACUCUCGUUGAAGUUAUCAACCUGGUCUAUCUGUUCUACCUGCAAACGCUGAACUUCAACCCGAUAACUUCUUUUCUCUUCACUCUCGACUUUUUCAUCAUCGUCCUGAACGUUUACACUAUGCUCUGCGUGAUUUCGCAAUUCCAAGAGUACCUCGCUGGCCGCGGCACUGCUGCUUUCGACAACAACGAUCGCCUCGCCUCGGUCCAAUACACGGCGACCGCCCAACUCACCACCACCACGAGUUCGGCACCAAGUGGCCGUCGUCGAUCUGCUGGCCGACCACUACCGAGCAGAUGCGACCCCGAGGAACAUUCCGAGGUCCCAACGAAGAUUACUUCCGCACUUUCAAAAACGUCUCGCACACAUGUAAAGAAACACGUACAAUUCCCCGAUGAACAGAGUUGCUUGGAGGAAGCUACUGAAGCGCCUGCAACUGUCGAAGACAAACCAGAUGCACGUGUGAUCAGCUCUUUGUGGAUGGAACUGGAGUCAGAGGCACCUGCACCGGAGCGCUGACGGCGUCGGAGCGAGCAGUACUACCGGCCGGUGUCUCGCGCGCGCAUCGAGCGACGCAAGAUGUCUGCCGCCGGAGUACCGCCCGCCGACGCUGACACCAAAGACUCAUAUCUAUAGUCUGGGCAUGGAUUGUAAUCGAAAACAUCUUAUCUUUGUUUCAAUCAUUCAUUCAAAGAUUAUCAUCAAUCCAAAUUAACAUCAUUAAUAAUUAACAUCAUAUUAAUUAUUUU